CAAAUCAAUCAAAUAAAACACUUCAUUCAGAUUGACUGAACACUUUUAAUAAGUAGAAACUAAACCCUUAGAACUAAAGCCCCAAAAUUUCGUAUACAGAAAUGGCCGGAAACAAUGAAUUCGUAUACAGAAUAAGUACCGCAGACGAGUGGUCAGAACUGCAAAAGAAUGGAUCUACAUUCGGUCAACAACUCGACAAGGAUUCUCAGUAUAUCCAUCUCAGCAACCUUGAUCAGGUAAAGUCAACCUUAGAACGGUUUUACUCGAAUACUACAAUGGAUCUUUUCCUGCUGCAGAUUGAUUGUCAGAAGCUUGGAGAUGGAUUGAUUUAUGAAGAUGUGGAUGGUUCAAAUAUCUUUCCCCAUUUCUAUGGCCCAUCUCGAAGUUUCGUUCCUCUCACCCUUGACAUGGUUGUCAAAGCAGAGAGAAUAGUUUUAUCGAAUGGCCAAUUUACUUGUAGCAUGUUGAAUUAGGAAGACCAUAAUGUGAAACUCAUGCAUCUUCUCUUCCUCCAUAUUUGAAUGUUACAAGUGUUGUAUAACUUAACAUUUGAGUUACUGUGUAUUGUGUACCGGUGAGUUGGUCAUGUACUGUGUAACUUUUUCUAUAUUAAUAAUGGUAAAUGAUAUGUUGAUUCUA